UUAGGUAUAAAUUUGAUUAUCUAUUUCCACCUUUACCAAUAUUUACCAGAAACACAAAAUGAAAACAUCCAAGCCCUAAUUUCAUUGAUUAUCAGCAGUGAAUUUCUCAAUUACAAACGCAAAAUUUAUUUCAAGUUUCAACCCUAAUUUUUCCCUUCGCCGCAGCUGCCUAUCCUUGAUUGCUCAGAUUGGGAGCGCUACAUAUGGAGUCUCAAUCUACAGCUGAAGCAGAGUAUGCUGCAUUUCUAAAAAAAGUGGAACGUUCAGUUUAUGUCGACAAUCUCUCACCACAUGUCACUGAAGCUGUCUUGAGAAGUGCCUUGAAUCAAUUUGGAACAGUAAAGAGUAUAAGGUUCAUUAUAAACUACUUGGAACCUGAGAAUAGUGCCCGUAGUGCUUUGGUGGAGAUGCAGGAAGUAAACAAAGCUGUUGCCGUCAUCUCAGCAAUAUCAGAAAUUCCCUUCAUGGUGUGUGGGAUGCCAAGGCCUGUGAGGGCACGUGCUGCUACAGUUGAGAUGUUUGAUGAUCGUCCGGUGAAGCCUGGCAGAAAGAUACAGUGCUAUUGGCUAGACCCAAACGACCCUAAUUUCGAGGUAGCAAAGAAAAUGAAACGCCUCACCGAGAAGCAUGCUGCUGAAGCGGCGUUCUUGCUCAAGAAACAAGUGGAAAGAGAAGCGGAACUACAUAAGCUACAGCUAGAGAAUCUGAAAGCAACUCAAAAGAAGUAUGAUAUGUUAGAUAGCAUUUUAUCUGACCGAUCUGCUCAAAAAUUGGCUCGCGGAUAUAACAUGAGAAUUGGGGGUGAUUAAUAGGUGUUCUUAUUUUGUUUCCUACUUGUUUCAGUGGCAAACAGUAGAGAAUUAUCAAAUUCUGUUUAUGCUUAUAGGCUUUUACUAGGUUGUGUAUAGGUUCGUCACAUAACAUUUCCUGGCUUGCAUUGCCUUUGACCUUAUUGGCAUACAAUUUGUAAAGGAGCUUGUUAGCAUUGUUGUGUAUGCAUAGUAGAUCAUAGUCAUUUGCAA